UGCGGCCACGCGAUUGGUCGCACCGGACGGACGCCCUCGCCAGGCCUUCUGGGACAUGUAGUUCCCCGGCCGGCGGUGGCCUGGCCGCUGGGACUUCCUAGCUGGUUCUCCGUGCCUGCAGGGAGAUGGAGCCUGGUCCCGAUCCCGACGCACCGCCGCUCACCGGCCUGGCCUGGUCUUCGGCCUCGGCUGCCCCACCGCGGGGCUUCAGCGCGAUCUCCAGUACUGUGGAGGCCGCGCCCGCCGCCUUCGGCCGGAGCUUCGCGCAGAAACCCGGCUACUUCCUGUGCCUCAGCGCCCUGGGUAACCUAGAGAACCCGCAGGAGAAUGUGGUGACCGAGAUCCGGGUCCUGGUGGACAGGAGCCCCCUCCCGCCGGGCUUCGCCCCGGUCUGCGAUCCCCUGGACUCCAAGGCCUCCAUCUCCAAGAAGAAGCGCUUGUGUAUGAAGCUGGUGCCGCUGGGCGCAGCAGAGAUGGUUGUGGUUGAUGUCCGACUCAGUGGCAAGACCAAGACAGUUCCUGGGUACCAUCGUGUGGGGGACAUGGGGGGCUUCGCCAUCUGGUGCAAGACGGCCAAGGCCCCACGGCCAGUGCCCAAGCCCAGGGCGCUCAGCAAGGAGAUGCAGGGUCUGUCCCUGGACCCUCCAGGCUCGCCCAGCCAUCCCACCCAUAGCAGCAAGGCCGGCGGCCAGGCGCCCACACUGUCGAGGCUGAGCUCUCGGGCCUCCACCCUGCGGAGGAACGACUCUAUCUAUGACGCCUCCAAUCUCUAUGGCAUCUCAGCCAUGGAUGGGGUCCCCUUCACACUGCACCCUCGAUUCGAGGGCCGAACCUGCGGGUCCCUGGCUUUCUCCGCCUUCGGGAAUCUGACCAUCAAGUCACUGGCAGACAUCGAGGAGGAGUAUAAUUAUGGCUUCGUGGUGGAGAAGACAGCGGCGGCUCGCCUGCCCCCCAGUGUCACGUAGUGGGCCUGUGGGGAAGCCCCAUUUCUGGGCCCUGGCCUCGCCCCACCCCAGGACAGCACUCCAGGGCUACGGCCCCGCCCAGAUCAGCUCCGCCCUUCCCCACUCUGCCCUGGCUCAGUGCAGGCUCUAAGACUCUGCCACUGGGCGGAGGGGGUGGUGCAGCCACCCGUCUCAACCAGUGCCCAGUGCCUUCAGCCAACAGUGUGUCAAAAUUCUGCCGGGGGGACUCCCUGGAAUAAACUCCACCUGAUACAUUCCUGA